UCGAUUUGCUGUUUGCACGGCAAGCCCCACCAUGGGCUCUGUCCUCCUUCCCAGCACCUACGGGUUCCCAAAACAAAUACCCAGUCCCUCUCUUUAUUCCAUCACCAGGCAAGAGGAAAGCAUCGUCGUCGUCGGAGAGAAACCCAAAGUCUCGCCUAUUUCUCCAUCCCGCCCUCCAAAACAGAGGGGACGAGCGAUGCCUUCGAUUUGGCGGCCCUCGCGGCAGGCUGACUAUGAUUGCUUUUCUUCUGCUACGCCAAUCGUUAUCGACAAUGGUGGUUCCGCUUUCCGAAUAGGGUGGGCGGGGGAGUUGGAUCCUCGCGUCACCUUCCGAAACGUUGUCCAGAGGCCUCGCCACAAGACUACAGGGGAAACUGUUACUAUUGUUGGCGAUCAUGAUCCUGCAUUGAUGAAGUACUUUGACUACACGCGUACAUCCCAUCGUUCAGCCUUUGACAGCAACGUUGUCUAUCAGUUUGAAAUAAUGGAAUAUGUGCUUGAUUAUGGUUUCGAGCGAUUGGGUGCCAAUGAUUUGCAGGUGGAUCAUCCUAUUUUGAUGACAGAAUGUGUAUGCAAUCCAAUCUCCUCUCGCAGUAAAAUGGCGGAACUCCUUUUUGAGACUUAUGGUGUACCAUCUAUAGCCUUUGGUAUUGAUUCCGCAUUCAGCUAUAAGUUCAACCAACAGCAUGGAAUUUGCACUGAAGAUGGUCUUGCUGUUUGUGCAGGAGUGACAACAAGCCAUGUUAUCCCGUUUGUUAAAGGGGAGCCUGUUCUGGAAGCAUGCUGCAGAACAAAUAUUGGUGGGUAUCAUGUUACUGACUAUCUGAAGCAGCUUCUUUCCCUCAAGUACCCCUAUCACAUGUCCAGCAUUACAUGGGAAAAGGCCGAGGAACUAAAGAUGGAACACUGUUAUGUAGCUUUGGAUUAUGCAUCAGAACUGCAAUUAUUUCAGAAAGGGAAGAAAGAAGCUGAAGAAAAGACCAGGAGUUGGCAGCUACCAUGGGUUCCUCCCCCACAAGAAGAGGCACCAUCUGAAGAAGAACUUGCGAGAAAGGCAGCCCUAAAGGAAAAACAAGGCCAAAGAUUGCGAGAUAUGGCUGCAGCAAAGAGAUCGAUUAGAAUAUCAGAGAUGGAAAAUGAAUUACAUGGUUUGAAAGAUCUUCUGCAGCAGCUUGGUCAGGUGGAGGAAACUGAAAUUUCAUCUAUUCUAUCCAAAACAGGGUAUGACUCCAGGCAAGAAAUUGAGUCUGCUAUUCAAAAAAUAACACAAUCCUUAAGGAAAGCAAAGGGUGAGCCCAAUGAAACUGAGGAGAGAAUAGAUGCUUCAUUAGCAGAAAAAUAUCCACUUACCAAUGUCCCUGAUGACAUGUUGACACCAGAGCAGCUAAAAGAAAAAAGGAAACAGACAUUUCUCAAGACCACAUCUGAGGGCCGAUUGCGUGCUAAACAGAAACGCUUUGAAGAGGAAUCAAUGCGAGAGAAACAAAACCAACAAGAAGAAGAAAAACGCUUAGAGAACCCAGAGCUGUACCUGGAAAAAUUACAUGCUAGAUACAGGGAACUUUCUGAGAAAGUUGAGCAGAGGAAACGCUUGAAGACAAAUGGUGCCCGCACGAAUGGUAAUCAGAAUUUGUCAGGUGGUGUUGGCCGUGGCGAGCGUUUAAAUGCAGCUCAGAAAGAAAGGAUGCGCCUCUUGACAACUGCGGCAUUUGAUCGGGGAAAAGGUGAAGACACUUUUGGAGCUAGAGAUGAAGAUUGGCAACUCUAUAAACUGAUGAGCAAAGACAAUGAUGAUGAAGACAAUGGACAAGAGGAGGAUGAAGCAGAACUAGCACGUGUUACUGCUAGGCUUCAGGAUAUUGACCCAACUUUUGUUGCUAAAUCUGACAUGGUGCCGCUUCAAGGGACCCCUGAACUCCCCCGGUUCCGUCCUCUCACUGCAGAAGAUUUCCAAAUUGUUAUUGGUGUUGAACGUUUCCGAUGCCCUGAAAUCCUAUUCCAGCCCAACAUGGUCGGAGUCGAUCAAGCUGGCCUUGAUGAGAUGGUUGGAGUCUCACUCCGGAGGCUGUCUACGGUGGAUGAUGCUGUUAAGGACCGCAUCAGUAAUUCAAUACUUGUUACUGGUGGCAGUUCUCUCUUCCCUGGUUUGGUGCCUCGCUUGGAGGCUGGGAUCAUGCAAAUUCGCCCGUAUCUCUCCCCUUUAAAGGUUGUAAGAGCAUCAGAUCCAAUAUUAGAUGCAUGGAGAGGUGCAGCAACCUACGCAGCUUCUUCACACUUUGCAACACAAACGUUCAGCAUGCAAGAUUAUUAUGAGAAAGGUGAAGCCUGGCUUCGGCAGUACCACAUCCAAUACACUCUGUAAUGGUCUUAGCGCUAAUGCAUGAAAGAAAUGAGGCUAUGAUGGAUAAUUUUCAGGAAGCCCUUGUGCUCCUUAAUUGCAGUUAUUUGAUAACCUGCCUGGCCUUUAGCCCUUCUAGUUGAAGUGGUGGAUCUCUCACAUGUGUUUCGAUGACAAGCAUGAGUUGAUAUAUCUCCAUUAACUUUCUUAAGAUAUUGCUGUUAGGUGGUUUCUACAUGUCUAACAUUAAUCAUAUUCCUUUUUUUUUCUUAAUAAAAUAAAUACUAAUAUGUAUUCACGUGACAA